GUUGGGACACGCCCACUCGUCCGCAGAGCCCCCUACUUGCAGUGCGCAGGCGCAGAGUCACGUGACACAACAGAGCUGGGAGGGGCGUGUCUGCAGACCAGAGGAGGGCCUACAGAUCAGAAACAGCUGAAAAGUAUCGAUCCGAGUCGGAGACCAAAGCUGGUAUCGAUCCUAACGACCCGCCCCGCCCUGACCUGAACACCUGUGUGUGGACCGACACGCAGGACAAAGGUUGGUUUGUCUGAUCUGUGUUUCAGGACACGCAGACAGGAGGACAGCUGGAUGUCCUCUGUCAGAGCGCAGGCUGCGGACUCUGGAUCUGUCCCCCGCUCUGCUGCCRGGACUCCAGUCCCGGAGCCAUGGGUGGGACCCUGAGCUGCCACCGCUCCAUCCCCAGAGACCCCGCGGACCUGGGCGGCAGGAAGCGUAAAUUCAGCGCCGCCUGUAACUUCAGCAACAUCCUGGUCCUGCAGGAGCGGCUCAACAUCAACACGGCCACCGAGGAGGAGCUGAUGACGCUGCCGGGGGUCAGCCGCGCCGUGGCGCACAACAUCGUGCAGUACCGGGACCGCAUCGGCGGCUUCAGGAAGGUGGAGGACCUGGCUCUGGUGAGCGGGGUCGGGGCCACCAAGCUGGAGGCCAUCAAGCUGGAGAUCUGCGUGUCCAGCAGGACGGGGUCUUCCCAGCACUCCCCCUCCCUGCUGUGCAGAGAGCAGGAGCCCAGCACCGGGUCCGGGAUCAACAUCAACACCGCCACCCCGGCACAGCUGCUCAGCGUCCGGGCUCUGACGGAGAAGCUGGUCCACAACAUAGUGGCCUACAGGACUGAGCACGGACCCUUCAGGAGCAUCGAGGACCUGGUCCGGGUCAACAACAUCAACAGCUCCCUGCUGGACAGGAUCCGCUUCCAGGUCUACGUGCAGCGCUCCAGGGCGCCCUCCACCACUAACGGAGGACCUAACGGGACCACUAAGGUUUACUCCAGUCCCACCUUCAGUCUCAGCAGUGAGGACUUYGACCUCCCGCCAGGGGGUCCGACCCACAUGACCUGUGUGAGGCCGCAGGUGGAGCCGCUGCUCGGGCUGCGGGACGGGAAGCCCGUGGUGCGCCUCGGGUCCUGGAGCCUGCAGGGCUGCUCCUGCGACAAGGCCAACAACCCGGGGGUCCGGGAGGUGGUCUCCAUGACCCUGCUGGAGAACGAAAUCAAGUUGCUGGCGGUCCAGGACCUGCUGGAGCGAGAGGCUCUGGAGAAGAUCUGUCUGGAGUUGAACCAGGGGACACUCAGCAGUAUACGCAGGUGGAAACGGCCACGAGGGCUUUGGAAAUGUAUCACUUCUGAAAAACCCACGGCACACUCAAGUAAG